CUAUGUGAGACUCCAGAGGCGGCCCGGCGGCCGUCGAUUGUGAAAAGUAACUCCAAGCCCUCCGACCACGACGAACAUGCCAUGAGAUGUCUUGCUGGUUUUGCUGAGGGGGUUGACGGAGAUUUCGGGAAGGAACUGCAUCUUACUGGGUGAAAAGACCCAUAGUAAUCAGAACAGUCUCAGGAGGGCGCAACUACUUACAGAUUAUUCGCUGAUGAUGCUAGACAUCCUCUGUAUAUAAACCCCAACUCCUGUGCAUUUGAAUAUAACUUUCCAGACACGGCGCACAUCCCCAUCUCUCCACUAAACAGUCUAUUAGUCGCUCCUUCUCAAGACAUCGUCAUGAAGUACACCACUGCUUCCGCGGUGGCACUGGCCGUCGUGGUCAACGGCCUCCCCUCGCAGACACAAAAACAGCAGCCAAGACAAGCUGGAGGUGCCUGUGCUUCGGCCGUAACCCUAGACGCUAGCACCAACGUGUGGGAAUCGUACACUCUGCACGCCAACUCGUUCUACCGCGCCGAGAUUGAAGCUGCCGCUGCAGCCAUCACCGACAGCGCUCUGGCGGCCAAGGCACUUGAGGUGGCCGACAUUGGAACCUUCCUGUGGCUGGACACUAUCGCCAACAUCGACAGGCUGGAAUCGGCUCUUGCCGACAUGACGUGUGACGACAUCCUUGGUCUGGUCAUCUACGAUCUCCCUGGCCGCGACUGUGCCGCCAAAGCAUCCAACGGCGAACUGGCGGUUGGUGAAAUUGAGAAGUAUAAGACUGAAUACGUCGAUGCUGUGGCUGCCAUCCUUAAGGCCAACCCCAACACCGCCUUUGCCUUGGUCAUCGAGCCGGACUCGUUGCCCAACCUUGUGACCAACGCCGACUUGGCCACAUGCCAAGCCAGCGCUGCCGGCUACCGUGAGGGUGUUGCGUACGCCCUCGAGACCCUCAACCUGCCGAACGUCGUCAUGUAUCUUGACGCUGGCCACGGUGGCUGGCUCGGCUGGAAUGAUAACCUGGAGCCUGGUGCCGAGGAGCUCGCCAGCGCUUAUACGUCGGCUGGUUCACCUUCGCAGCUUCGUGGAAUUGCCACCAACGUCGCGGGGUGGAAUUCUUGGGACGCCGUUCCUGGCGAGUUUUCCGACGAUCCCGAUGCUCAGUACAACGCAGCCCAGAAUGAGGAGAAAUACGUUGAGCUCAUCGGUGCCGCCCUUGCGUCUGCUGGCAUGCCCAACCAUGCUAUUGUUGACACUGGCCGCAACGGCGUCCAAGGCCUCCGUCUCGCAUGGGGCGACUGGUGCAACGUCGACGGCGCCGGCUUUGGUCUCCGCCCCACGGCCGACACAGGCUCCGAGCUGGCCGAUGCCUUUGUCUGGGUUAAGCCCGGCGGCGAGUCGGACGGCACAAGCGACACCACGGCGACGCGCUACGACUCCUUCUGCGGGCUUGAGGAUGCGUACAAGCCCUCGCCCGAGGCCGGCACCUGGAACCAGGCCUACUUUGAGAUGUUGCUGGAGAAUGCCAACCCAGCAUUCUAGAGAAUCAGCGGAUGUAGUCUGACGGGUGGUGGCUUGAGGGUUUUGCUUGUUCAUGUUAUCAUUCGUGUAGAUACUUAUCAUAUUUUUGGAGAGAUGAAAAUUAUUGAU